CGGGGUACGCUGUAUUUUUUCCCUCAGUGACCUGUGCAUAUAACAACCGGUGUACUUGGGGUAAGGAUCAAAUCACAUUUUGUCUUUCAUGGAUUGAUCCAGCCAACAAGGUCUACAUGUGUGUAGCUGCAGAUUAGAACUCACAUAACGAACAGAUCAAUAGUUGCGUUUAAAAAACGAUUCCCCAAGGCGAAAUAGUUUUGGAAGAGUUCAAACAAUGGUAGAAGCUGAAGUUCAAUCCAAUGCAUUCUUCUAUGCAACCAUAGCUGCAGUCACAGUGGUGGCGUAUGUGGUCUACAAGAGGCUGGUAGACAAUGAGAACUGGGAGAAGUAUGGCGUCAAGCACGGCAACCUAUCUGUCACCUACAUCACUCGUUUAAGAGAUGGCUUUGGUCAGCUUCUCAAAGAACACGGAGACACAGUGGGCCUUAAAAACAUGCAAAUGAUGCUGGUGACUAAAGACUUGCAGAUCUUAAGAGAAGUCUUCGUCAAGGACUUCAGCAACUUCAUUGACAGGCCCAGAGGACCAGCGACACUCUCCCAUGUUGAGAGAAGUUUGAUCUUUCUGAAAGGUCAGGACUGGAGGCGUGUCAGGCACAUUGUGACACCUGCCUACAGCACUGGAAAACUGAAACAUAUUUACAAGAUUAUCGAUGAGAGGGCUAAAAAACUGGCCCAGGUCUUGGAAGACUUUGCCAGAAAAGACAAGCUAGUUCCUGUGAAGCUCAAUGCAGGACAAUUUACUGGAGAAGUUAUAGCCAGGUCGGCCUUCGGGCUCAGCUCCGACUGUCAAGGGGGCGAGAACGAUGAGUUCAUCCACUACUGCCAAAAGUUUUUCAAACUGCAGAGUAAAAACUUAAACUUCCUUUUGAUUCUGUUUAUGGUGUUUCCAAAUGUUCAGAAAUUUCUGGUCAAGACCUUCAAAUGGAGGAUCUUUGAUGCCUUUGAUGAAACUGCUGACAACUACUUCACCUCCACCUUGAGAAAGUCUAUCCAGGUGAGACAGGAGGCAGAGGGCAGGGGUGAGAAGUUACCUUCAGACCUUCUACAAAAUUUUAUCAAUGCCAGAAAGCCUGAACAUAAAGAAGAGAGGACUAAAGAAGAAGAAGCCGAGGCUAAAUUAGCCUGCAGUGGACUGCCCAGUGACACCCAGCUGGACAAAGCUAUGUCCGAGGAAGAGCUGCUUGGUCAGUCGUUGAUUAUAAUAUUUGCCGGGUUCGAGACAGCAUCUGGUGUGUUAGCCACAUGUUUCUACACCUUGGCAAAGUACCCAGAAUAUCAAGAAAAAGUUUACGAGGAACUCAAGAGUGUGCUGAAUUCGGACUCUCCCAGUUACGAAGAGCUGGCCCAGCUUACUUACACGGAACAGUUUAUCAAUGAGACACUCCGGCUGUACCCUCCCAGCUCCAUGAUCUCCAGACAAGCUGCGGAGACUAAGACUUACGGCUCUGUCACCAUACCGAAGGGCGCCGCGGUACUUAUACCGAUUUUCUCUAUCCUAACUGACCCAAGAUAUUACCCAGACCCGGAAAGAUUCGACCCCGACAGGUUCAGCGAGGAGAACAGGGCUGGACGCGACCCCAUGACCUUCAUCCCUUUCGGAUACGGACCGCACCUGUGCAUCGGGAUGCGGUUGGUGUACCUCCAGCUCAAGUCGGCCCUUGCUCAGACUGUCCGUAGGGUGAGAUUUGAGCUCAAUGACAGGACGGAACCGAAACUGGGAUCGGAACCCACUUUCAGGGACUUGGGACUUUUGAUUCCAGACAAACCAUUUCUAGUGUCUGUGAAACCAAGGAACUAAAAUUCUAAGGACUCAUCUAAAUUAGGAUUUCUUCUAAAUUACAUUUUCUCCUAAAUAAGGAUUUCUUCUAAAUUAGGCUUUCUUCUAAAUUAGAAUUUCUUCUACAUUGGGAUUUCUUCUUAAUUUGGUUGAUAGCCUUAAAAGGAUAUGUUUUAGAGUCCUGACUACAAACUUGAUUGCAGGAUGAAGGUUUUAUUGUCUUCAAAACAGAACACAAAGGAGACAUUUUUGUCUUUGCAGAAAGAGAAAGAGGGGAUAAAUAAGUUGAAUACAUGGAAGCCUUCUAACCUCGACUUGCAACCAUUUCUUCAAAUCCUUUGGUUAUGUGAUGCUAGAAAUGUUUCAGGAAAAAGCCGAUUUCAUUAUUAUUCAUGAUUUAGGCCAUUACAACUCGACUACCUGCCUGUUGCAUGUUUAGUAAGAAAGACAAUACGUGGAAGCUAAGAAUUUGCUGAACCAAUUAGUAAAUUCAUGAUUCUUUAAUCAGACUCAGAUUAAAUGUAGAUAUAGAUUGGGACAAUGAUCAAGAGAAGAAUGUACUAUUUUAUUUAUUUUAAAUUUUAUUUUCAAGUAAUUUAUGAUAGUUUUUGACAUUUGCAUAUUGUCCAAUACUAAAUGUAUAUAAAUCUAAAAAUAUAUCAAUUGAAAUCAUACAUUUUUUUUUACAAACAUUUGUAUCUUAUGAAAUCUAUAUUAUAUUCCUAUAUACCCAGAUUGAUUCACUAACUGAUUCACUAACGGAUCGACAUAUCACUAAUUCUCCCACUUGCCAUGGACGAAAAACUAAGAAAAAUGAAACAAAUUUCUACUUUCUGUGUGCCUAUAAUAAUUAAAGAACUUUCACGAUCGAUUCCGCGAAAACGAUUUUGUAUUCACGAUUUCGGCGCCACUCUGGUUUUUAAAGCCGACAUAUAGAAAGUACACGAUUAAACGUUCUUCUAUUUGUAAGCACUAUUGAAACUUUUUUUUUUGUGUGCGUACAUUAAUAAAAGUGAUACCGGUAAUCGAAUUCACGGGUACAAAGUAGGUCCAUAUGGUUAGAAGGGGUAGUGUUAUAGAGCGGACCUAUAUGGUUAGAAGGGGUAGUGUUAUAGAGCGGACCUAUAUGGUUAGAAGGGGUAGUGUUAUAGAGCGGACCUAUAUGGUUAGAAGGGGUAAUGUUAUAGAGCGGACCUAUAUGGUUAGAAGGGGUAGUGUUACAGAGCGAACCUAUUUGGUUGGAAAGGGUAGUGUUACAGAGCGAACCUAUUUGGUUGGAAAGGGUAGUGUUACAGAGCGAACCUAUAUGGUUGGAAAGGAUAGUGUUACAGAGCGAACCUAUUUGGUUGGAAAGGGUAGUGUUACAGAGCGAACCUAUAUGGUUGGAAAGGAUAGUGUUACAGAGCGAACCUAUUUGGUUGGAAAGGGUAGUGUUACAGAGCGGACCUAUAUGGUUAGAAGGGGUAGUGUUACAGAGCGAACCUAUUUGGUUGGAAAGGGUAGUGUUACAGAGCGAACCUAUUUGGUUGGAAAGGGUAGUGUUACAGAGCGAACCUAUAUGGUUGGAAAGGGUAGUGUUACAGAGCGAACCUAUAUGGUUGGAAAGGAUAGUGCUACAGAGCGAACCUAUUUGGUUGGAAAGGGUAGUGUUACAGAGCGGACCUAUAUGGUUAGAAGGGGUAGUGUUACAGAGCGAACCUAUUUGGUUGGAAAAGGUAGUGUUACAGAGCGAACCUAUUUGGUUGGAAAGGGUAGUGUUACAGAGCGAACCUAUAUGGUUGGAAAGGAUAGUGUUACAGAGCGAACCUAUUUGGUUGGAAAGGGUAGUGUUACAGAGCGAACCUAUAUGGUUGGAAAGGAUAGUGUUACAGAGCGAACCUAUUUGGUUGGAAAGGGUAGUGUUACAGAGCGGACCUAUAUGGUUAGAAGGGGUAGUGUUACAGAGCGAACCUAUUUGGUUGGAAAGGGUAGUGUUACAGAGCGAACCUAUUUGGUUGGAAAGGGUAGUGUUACAGAGCGAACCUAUAUGGUUGGAAAGGAUAGUGUUACAGAGCGAACCUAUUUGGUUGGAAAGGGUAGUGUUACAGAGCGAACCUAUAUGGUUGGAAAGGAUAGUGUUACAGAGCGAACCUAUUUGGUUGGAAAGGGUAGUGUUACAGAGCGAACCUAUAUGGUUGGAAAGGAUAGUGUUAUAGAGCGAACCUAUUUGGUUGGAAAGGAUAGUGUUAUAGAGCGGAUCUAUAUGGUUGGAAAGAAUAGUGUUAUAGAGCGAACCUAUUUGGUUGGAAAGGAUAGUGUUAUAGAGCGGACCUAUUAGGUUGGAAAGGAUAGUGUUACAGAGCGAACCUAUUUGGUUGGAAAGGGUAGUGUUACAGAGCGAACCUAUAUGGUUGGAAAGGAUAGUGUUAUAGAGCGAACCUAUAUGGUUGGAAAGGAUAGUGUUAUAGAGCGAACCUAUAUGGUUGGAAAGGAUAGUGUUAUAGAGCGAACCUAUAUGGUUGGAAAGGGUAGUGUUAUAGAGCGAACCUAUUUGGUUGGAAAGGAUAGUGUUAUAGAGCGAACCUAUUUGGUUGGAAAGGGUAGUGUUACAGAGCGAACCUAUAUGGUUGGAAAGGAUAGUGUUAUAGAGCGAACCUAUAUGGUUGGAAGGGAUAGUGUUAUAGAGAGGGCCUAUAUGGUUGGAAAGGGUAAUGUUAUAGAGCGAACCUAUUUGGUUGGAUGGGGUAAUGUUAUAGAGCGGGCCUAUAUGGUUGGAUGGGUAGAGAGGGCCUAUAUGGUUGGAUGGGGUAAUGUUAUAGAGAGGGCCUAUAUGGUUGGAUGGGGUAAUGUUAUAGAGAGGGCCUAUAUGGUUGGAUUGGGUAAUGUUAUAGAGCGGACCUAUAUGGUUGGAAGGGGUAAUGGCUGUAAGAAGUAAACAAAGACCAGCCCAAAACCAUCACAGAGGCCUAUCCUAUAUUUCUAAAGAACUGACAAGCAGAAGUUUAGCCAGAUAGUGGUCCAGAAAAGACUGUUUGUUAAGGCGGAGAGUUGGGGAGGGAGGGAAAAGGAAUACUUGAAAUUACAGGCUCAGUCCAAGUUAUAAAGGAAGGGGGGGUCGAAGGCACAAUAAACAUUAUAUAGCCUGGAACCAAAUCAACGGGCGUUGCCGGUGCGUUAUGCUUUAAAUACGCGAAAAUGAUCACGAGAUUUCUUAAACUGUCGUACGGAUCCGCAUGAAAUUUCGUACACAGGUUCCUAUUACCUCCUAGGCUAAGAACCGAUUUUUACACAUUCGAAACUUGACGACUUCUAUUCGCGAAAAACUGCAAUCUCUAUCAAACUUUUGUAUUUUAUAUUCAGUAUAUCCCCAAAAGCCCAUUCUACAUCUAAAGCAAUUAAAAAUGUAUUACACUAAUUCCGUAUUUAAAUAUUUUUGUUCUGCUUUCCAAAGUCUUCUUUACUUUUAAUAUGCCCUACGUCAUUUUCUCUUCUUUUUUAGACGCGAUCAAAAUAACAAAAAAAAAAGUAAUUCUAAUAGAAUAAAAAAUAUAGGUCUUGAUUCUUUUUUUUAUGAUUAAAUAAUGCAGAUACAAUGUUUAAAACUAACCAUAGAUCCUAUAAACAGAUUCAAAAUGUGGUGAUCAAUCGGAGGAUCCCUUUAGACGCCGACUAAAUAAAAAACAAGAACCUAUUAGCACUACAAAGUUAAAUCUAGAUUUUUUGUCAGGUCGCUAGUUUCUAGUAAGGUCAUCAAAUAAACGAUUACAUUAAAGAAAACCAAAUUAAUAUUUCUUUUUAUUUAAAGAACAAAAUACCAAAAUAAAAUACCGAAAUAAAUGCGAAAAAGGGAACGGGAUUGUGGAAUGCGACACGUGUACAUAGUACCACUGAGAAAUACAUUUCUUCGUUUUCUAGGCCUGAAACUGAUGGUAUGUAUGCGGUAUAAUACCGUACAUUGCUUGCUUCUAACAUUAAAGAUUGCAAAAAAAAAAAAUAGUCAUAAAAUGUACCAAGGACUAACUCUUUGUUAGUCGAAUAAGUAAAAGUGAUAAUAGAAUUAACGAGCCCAAAAUAUGAGAUCGUUUGUGUGUCGGGGGUGCAUUAUUAUAAACUAAUUGACGGGCUAAAAUGUUUCUUAGGUUGAUCGUUUAAUUAAACGAAUAAAAAGAAACAAAGUGGGUGUUUCGGUCAUAAUAAACAAUUCAAGCUGGCCUAGCGGGAGUGUACUGCUAGUACUAAUAUAGUUGUAUAGCAAUUAAAAUUUAUGAAAAUCUGGAAUAGCCAAUAGAUUUAGAUAAUGUAUAGGUGUCUUGGUAAUGUGUCUUGAUAAUGUGUUUUAGUAAUGAAUACAUUUCCUCAAUGUGCUCGUAAAAUAAAUUAUACGUAAGAGCUAUUGAAAUAUAACUUGAAUGUCUAGAAAUAUAUACAGAGAUAGUAUACGAUUUCUCUGUGCAUGCCUAUAUAUUAGUUUUGUAAAUAUAAACAAUGUAUUAUGUUUUUGAAUUCUAUUUCUCCUAUACUGUUUUUAUUUUUGUAAUUGGUAGCUACGCUUUUAAGAAUUGAUACUUUUUUUAACGACUUUUUAUAGUUCCCAUGAAACCAUGAACUGAGAAAUAUUGAACCUCAGUGCUGACUAAAAAUGUUGAAUUAUGGGAUUUGUGGCCUAGCCUAAAUAUUUUGGUCUAAUGAUGCAAGCAUGAAUUGUACAACUUUAUAUUAUACUUCUAUAUUGUUGCUUGAUUGUAGUUAGUCAUGUACAAUGUAAACGUGAAAUGUAUAUGAGUA